AUGUCCUCCAAAGACACAGCCUCCACUAUGGUGGACAAGGACGUCGAACACCCCGUCGACACACCGGUAGCCAUAACCGCAGAAGUUGAAGAGAAAUACGGCAUCAAGGCCCACUGGAAGUGUCUCGCGGCCUGCACUUUGGUGUCCAUGUGUCCCUUCCAAUACGGCCUUGACUUUGGUUUAAUCGGCGGGUUGCAAGCCAUGAUUGGGUUUCUCAAGGUCUUCGGCCACCCAGCCCCCCACGUAGCCGGCGGCUGGAACAUCUCCCCCUCCCGACAACAACUCAUCUCCUCGCUCAUGACCCUCGGCGCCUUCCUGUCUUCCUCUCUCGCCGGCCCCACCGCCACUUUUCUUUCCCGUCGCCAAACCAUCUGGGCUGCUUCUCUGCUGUGUAUCGUCUCCAACGUCAUCAUGAUGGCCACCACCUCCAUCGGCGGGCUCUACGCCGGCCGCUUGUUACUUGGUCUAGCAAACGGGUUCUACAUGACCUUUUCGCAGCUUUACAUCCAAGAGGUAGCGCCAGCUCGGUAUCGCGGACUGAUGAUUUCCAGUUUUCAGGUGUGGACGAGCGUAGGUACAGUGAUUGGCGGGGUGGUAGAUAACUUUACUGAGAAGAUUGAUGGAAGAGACAGUUACUUGAUCCCGCUGGGAUUGAUCUUUGUGUUUCCUGUGGUGAUUAGUGUGGGACUCUUUGCGGUUCCUGAAAGUCCACGGUGGUUGAUGAUGCAGGGACGCGAAGAGCAGGCGAGAAGCAGUCUAAGGUGGCAUCGCCCGUAUACGGAUCGGAUGGUGGAGGAGGAGAUCAAGGAUAUUCAGCUGGCGCUGGCGGCGGAGGGGGAGACGGUCAAGGGGGCGAGUGUGUGGGAUAUGUUUAGGGAUCCGGUGAAUAGGAGACGGACGGUGUUGGCGGUUUGUGGGUUGACGGUGCAAGGGGCGUCAGGGGCUAUGUAUAUGAUUGCAUACGGCACUUAUUUCUUCAAGAUGGCUGGUAUCGGCAAGCCGUUCGAGAACCACGUCAUCUUGACAUCCCUUGGCGUGGUGGCUAUCCUCGUCAACUCGGCUAUGGUCACGCACUUUGGUCGUCGGCGCGUCUUCCUCAUCAGCGGUCUGAUCCUCUGCGGUAUUGCCCAGCUCCUUAUAGCCGUUGUGUAUACCGUCACGCCGGGCACCAAGUCCACUGGCCAAGCCAUAGUUGGACUCGCUGUUGUCUAUAUCCUGGGGUAUAACGGCAUGGUAGCGACGUACGCGUGGAUCUCGGGCGGCGAACUCCCUUCGCAGAGGUUGCGGUCGUACACGUUCGGACUGGCGACAGCGAUUGGAUUCUUUGCGGCUUGGUUGACGACGUUUACGGCGCCGUACUUUAUCAACCCCGAGUCGAUGAACUGGGGGCCGAAAUAUGGGUAUAUCUGGACGCCAUCGUGUUGGAUUUCUGCGUGA